UAUGACCGAUAUUGGCGAAGCAUCGUCUCCGUCGGUCGUACCACUGACGGAGGACGAUCCGGAACAAACGCCACCAAAAGACAAAGGGCUAUGGCGUGAUCUGGUCGCCUACUGGAUACUGGGCCUGUGCAACAACUACGGGUAUGUGGUGAUGCUUACAGCUGCACACGAUAUUCUCAAAGAGCUGGAGGGAGACGACGGUGAUCAUGCCAAAAGUGCAAUGUUGAACGACUACGGCGUGGCAAAUACGACGGCACGGGCCGAUGACGUUACCUUUGGCUACGAGGCACGUCCGUGCAACAAGCUCUCGACCGGUGCAAUUCUCCUGGCGGACAUACUGCCGGCGCUGGCCGUCAAAUCGAUUGCAUCGUUCCUACCGCUGGCGAAACACGUUCGAAUUUUCCUGUGUGUUGUGGCCGCCGCCGCAGGCUUUCUGCUGACGGCGUUUGCCACCGUCGAAUGGGUGCUGUUCGUCGGCGUUAUAGCGACCUCGUUCUCGUCCGGGCUCGGUGAGGCCACCUUCCUAGCGUAUGCGACGUACUUCAACAAAAACGUUAUAUCCACCUGGUCCUCGGGGACGGGUGGGGCCGGUAUUGCCGGGUCUCUCUCGUACACCGGACUGACGGGACUCGGACUGACGCCAAAGACUACCAUACUCAUCAUGCUGGUCGUGCCGGGUCUGGAAGCGGCUGCAUUUUGGUUGCUAUUGCGUCACAAGGACACGGACAAACCGGCCGUACUGGAGGAGGCGAAGGAAAAGCCGGAAGAGGUUGACUACAGUACACUGCCGGCGGACGAACGGCCGCUUGAGAACUGGAACGAACGCAUCCGUUACAUUCCUUCGCUGUUCAUCUACAUGAUUCCUUUAAUAUUGGUGUACCUGCUGGAGUAUUACAUCAAUCAGGGACUAUUUGAGCUGGUAUACUUCCCCGGCAUCUGGCUGUCCCAGUCGGAGCAGUACCGUUGGUACCAGGUGAUCUACCAGAUCGGUGUGUUCAUAUCACGCUCGUCCGUCAACCUGAUCCAGUUCCGGCAGGUGUGGAUAAUGGCGGUGUUCCAGUUCCUGAACGUGGUGUACUUCACCUUUGAGGCCGUGUACUACUUCACGCCCUCGAUCUGGAUUAUCUUCGUGCUCAUUCUGUGGGAGGGAUUGCUGGGCGGCGGAGGCUACGUUAACACAUUCUAUCGCAUUCAAACGGAUGUGCCGGCGGCAAGGCGUGAGUACGCGAUGAUGGUCACAUCCAUCUCAGACUCGGUCGGCAUUGCGCUGGCCGGUGUCGCUGCCAUACCGUCGCACAAUGCGAUCUGUGAUCUGCCGGUGCCCGAUCGGUUGCUUUAAAGGGGA